AUGAACAUUUUUCCAUGUUUAAAUGUCCGCUCUUCUUCAACUUUCUGUCCUUCUGCAAAUUCUAUACAUCCAUCAGAAGUUUUGCCCAAACAUGUCACCACAGAAUCCUCUGCUGUUCCGAACUCUGAAGCCAGCAGUAAGUUAUUAGAGGAAGAUCAUCUCGUGAAAUGUCAACAGGAAAUUAAGAACAAGCUGAAGAGCAGGUUCAGCCAUGUGCUUGAGGGACUUCAGACACAAGGGAGCAAAGUACUCCUCGAAAAGAUCUACACUGAGCUUUACAUCACUGAGGGGGGAUGUGGUCAGGUCAAUAAUGAGCAUGAGGUGAGGCAGAUUGAGACGGCAUCCAAGAUAAAAAUGGCACAAGAGAGAACGAUCAAAUGCAACAAUAUGUUUGUUCCUUUACCUGGACAAGAGCAUCCUAUAAGAACUGUGAUCACAAGAGGAGUUGCUGGCAUCGGAAAAACAAUAUCUGUCACAAAGUUCCUUUUGGACUGGGCUGAAGAGAGAGCAAACAGGAACUUGGAAUUUGUAUUUCCGAUUUCAUUUCGAGAACUGAAUGUGAUGAAUAAGAAAAUCUUUAGUCUCUCAGAGCUUCUCUUCCUCUUUUUCCCUGAGAUUAGAGACCUGGGUAUCUUGACAUGUGUCAGGUACCAGGUGUUGUUUAUCCUUGACGGUCUGGAUGAGAGCCGCCUAUCUCUCAACUUUCACAACUGUGAAAUAAUGUGUGACGUUGCAGAGCCAUCCACGAUAGAUGUGCUUCUGACAAACCUCAUCAAGGGACGUCUGCUUCCUGCCGCUCUCAUUUGGAUAACCUCUCGACCGGCGGCCACCAGUCAGAUCCCGCCUGAGUACGUGGACUUGGUGACGGAAGUGCGAGGAUUCAACAACCCCCAGAAAGAUGAAUACUUCAAGAAGAGAGUCGCUGAUGGGAGCCUGGCCAACAGAAUAAUCUCGCAUAUGAAGUCGUGUAGGAGCCUCCACAUCAUGUGUCACAUACCAGUCUUCUGUUGGAUGGCUGCCACAGUUCUCGAGAAGAAGCCGGACACCACAGACAGCAAAGACAUGCCCAAGACCCUUACUCAAAUGUACAUUCACUUUCUGGCCCUGAAUGAGGAAAGCACAAACAUGAGGCAGCAUGGAAGAAGAGAGUCAAAUGCCGACUGGGCAAGAAACAGUAUCCUCGCAUUAGGAAAGUUGGCCUUUAAGGAGCUUGAGAGAGGCCAAUUCAUCUUCUAUGAGAAAGACCUCACAUCGAAUGGUAUUGAUGUCAAACAGGCAUCACUGUUUUCAGGAAUUUACACACAGAUCUUCAAUGAGGAGUUGACGCCAUGCAGGGAUAAAGUGUUUUGCUUUGUGCAUCUGAGCAUUCAGGAAUUCUUCGCUGCUUUGUAUGUGUUUCUCACCUUCAACAAUGACGAUGUUAACGUCUUGAUCAAAAAGUCAUCUGUUUCAAGACGAUUUCAAUUCAGAGACCCAUCCGCAGUCAACCUCUACAAAGCAGCAGUGGAAAAAUCUAUAAACUGUGAGAAUGGGCAUUUUGAUAUCUUCCUCCGCUUUCUUAUGGGCCUGUCGUUAGAUUGUAAUCAGAAACUCUUGAAGAGACUGCUGUCCAAGAGCAGAACAAACUCAAAAACUAGACUAGAGGUCAUCAAACACCUAAAGGAACGAAUCAGAGAUAACCCAUCUGCUGAGAGAUGUAUCAAUCUGUUUCACUGUCUGAAUGAGCUCAAUGAUCACUCAUUAGUGGAAGAGAUUCAGAGCUAUCUGAGCUCAGGAAGCCUUUCCAGAGAGAAACUUCCACCAGCCCAGUGGGCUGCUCUGGUCUUUGUGUUACUGACUUCAGAAGAGAAGUUGGAUGUGUUCGAGCUCAGCAAGUACACCAGGUCUGAGGAAGGUCUUCUAAGACUGCUGCCUGUUGUCAAAGCAUCCCAAGUGGCGAAAUUGGAUGGAUGCAAUCUGACAGAGAACUGCUGUGAAAUGUUGGCUGCCGGUAUAAGCUCAUCCCAACUCAGAGAGGUGGAUCUGAGUAACAACAAGCUGACAGACUCAGGGGUAGUACUUCUCUCUGCCGGACUUAUGAAAUGCAACCUUGAGACACUAAGACUGAGAUACUGCAGCCUAACAAAGCAAAGCUGUGACACACUGGCUGCAGUUAUCAGCUCAGAAUGCUCUCAGCUGAAGACGUUGGACCUGGCUGAAAAUGACUUGCAGGAUUUGGGAGUGCAGAAGCUAUCUGGUGGACUAGGGAGUCCUCACUGUAAACUGGAAAUACUCAUUUUGUCCUUUUGUAGAGUUACAGAGAGAGGCUGUACUUACCUGGUGUCCUCUUUCAAUUCAAACUCUUCCUAUCUGAAAGAGCUUGACCUGAGCUACAACCAUCCAGGAGACUGUGGCCUGAUGCUGCUCUCUGCCCUGCUGGACGACCCACACUGCAGUCUGGAGAAACUCAGUGUUGACCAGUGUGGUGACUCAAGGAUCCAACCAGGCCCCAAAAAAUAUGCCACGAUGCUCACUCUGGACCCCAAUACAGCACACACAGACCUGUCUCUGUCGAACGGCAACAGGAAGGCCUUGCGGUGGACAAAGCAGCCAUACCCCGAUCACCCAGAGAGGUUCAAUUUCUGGACGCAGGUGCUGUGUAAAGAGGGUCUGACCGGGCGCUGCUACUGGGAGACCGAGUGGUGUGGGAGAGCUCUGAUAGGAAUCGCCUACAGACAGAUGAAAAGGAAAGGAGAGGGACAUGACUGCUGGAUUGGACGUAAUAAUCUGUCCUGGGGCCUGAGCUGCAGCCAAGACGGCUACAAGGCUUGGCACAAUGGUGUGAACACUGCCGUAACCUCCCCACCCUGCUCCAAUAAAGUAGGAGUGUAUCUGGACUGGUCAGCUGGAACAGUGUCUUUCUACAGCGUCUCUCCUGGUUCACUGACCCCCCUGCACACCUUCCAAGCCAUCUUCUCCGGGCCCCUCUACCCGGGGUUUAGGCUCGGUUGGGUGGACUCCACAGUUUGCCUGUGUUGAUAAAGACAUUACCUGGAUGGGGUUAACUAGGUUGGAUCUUAAAUUAUGUCUGGGAAUGUUCUCAUUCAUCCAGGUCAUGGUUAUCCAAAGGAGUUGAAUCAAGUGCAACUGGACUUGGUAUAUAUCCGUGAAGACGUUUCGCCUCUCAUCCAAGAGGCUUCCUUAGUUCGUGCCUUUCUGACUAGACCAAGCUAGUCUGACUGGCUGGUGAUGAGACUCAGCAUUUAUCCUCUAGGAGUCGUCAGAGCUAUUGAUAUGCUUAUCAUUAUAUCCUAAAUUAUUCACGUCCAAACAAAUACAUAGGACUUUUAAGGAUUAUUUUCAUUUCUAUGUUGACCUAAAGUCAAUUCAUGAACCUGGUGUGCUCCAAUGGCAGCAUUAUCAGAGCGUGGACAACACCAUGGCCUUUGUACCUGUUUGUUUUUUUGUUUUAUAUAUUGUACAGUAAAAGAACUAUAAAUUCCAUUCCAUU